AGCACUCUGACCCCUGCAUGCCCUACCUGCAGCAGAGCUUUAAGCAAGAAUACCUGGACCCGUUGUAUGAGCGGGCGGCUCACAUGGCGGGGCCUGGGCACGGGAGCGGACCGGGACACGGCCACGGUCAUGGAUCUCACCCCCACCCACACCCGCACCCACACAGAUUCCCACCUGCCCACAUGAUGGUCAAGCAGGAGCCCACAGACUACACCUACGAACCUGAUGUGCCUGGAUGCCCCUCUAUGUACCACCACAGUGAGGGCUACCCGAACCCCCAGCACAGCAAUGAAGGCUAUCUGUUUGAGAAUGACUCUCGUGUGGUUCCGGAGAAGUUUGAAGGUGAGGUGAAGCAGGAGGGGGGUGGCGUUUUUCGUGAGGGCACACCUUACCAGCGCCGUGGCUCUUUGCAGCUCUGGCAGUUCUUGGUGGCCCUGCUGGACGACCCUGGCAAUGCCCACUUCAUCGCCUGGACCGGCCGUGGCAUGGAGUUCAAACUCAUUGAACCCGAAGAGGUUGCCAGGCUGUGGGGCAUGCAGAAGAACCGUCCAGCCAUGAACUACGACAAGCUCAGUCGCUCUCUGCGCUAUUACUACGAGAAGGGAAUCAUGCAGAAGGUGGCAGGGGAGCGCUAUGUUUACAAGUUUGUGUGUGAGCCCGAGGCCCUCAUCUCCCUGGCCUUCCCCGACAAUCAGCGGCCCAGCCUGAAGGCCGAGUUUGAGCGCUACGUCAACGAGGAGGACACGGUGCCCCUGUCCCACCUGGACGAGGGAGUGCCCUACACCACGGAACAAGCCCCCCAAAACAUGGGCCCCCAGCCCUACUCCAAAGGCUACAUGUACUAAAGCCAGCCCCCACCCUCUCUCCUUUCUCCCCACCUUCAGAAAACUUCCUGUUGUACCAACCCAUCAUCAUACACACCCUGAAAUCCCAUGCACCUCUUGCACAUGCCCACCCCAUCCACUUGUAUAUAAGGCUAUGGUGUUUUUGUUUUAAAUUAAUCUCAUUAGGGAUUUUUUUGUUUUGUUUUUAAGAGCUGCAUUCCUCUCACAUCUGAGGCCUAUUCAAUCCAUAAACAUGACUGUGGUUGAAGAGAUUGCUUAAUAAAUACCCAUAAUAA